AUGUUUACCCUGUUGCGGAUGGAAGUUAGUCACGUGAUCGGCAGAGAGCGAAUAGCGCAUGCUCAGAAAACAGCGGAAGAGCAGAGAAAACUCUUUACUUCGUUGAGUAAACUAAAGUACUGUAGCCCCUGCAGAAGUACCAUCAGAGAUGGGGGGUCAGACAUCUUCCAUGGAAGGUGUCCACGUCCUGGUUGUUGGUGGAGGAUUCGGGGGCAUCGCGGCAGCGCAGCAUCUGAAGGCUGGAGGACUGAGCUUCACUCUGAUCGACAUGAAAGAUGCUUUUCACCACAACGUGGCAGCACUCAGAGCAUCGGUUCAAUCGGGCUUUGCCCAAAGGACCUUCAUCCCGUACAAGGAGACGUUUGGGGAGAGUUUUGUUCAGGAAAAAGUUCAGAGGGUCGACACAGAGAAACAGACGGUUGUCCUGGAGGGAGGGAGGGAGAUUGAGUACUCCCACCUCAUCCUCUGCACUGGGACUGAUGGAGCCUUCCCAGGGAAGUUCAACACUGUGGCGUCGUACCGGAGUGCCGUCCAAGCGUACGAGGACUUUGUCAAACAGGUUCAGGCUGCAGACUCGGUCUUGGUGAUCGGAGGAGGGUCGACUGGUGUGGAGAUGGCUGCUGAAAUAAAGACGGAGUAUCCAGACAAAAAGGUGGUUCUGAUCCACUCCAGGGUCGUGCUGGCUAACCCGGAGCUGCUGCCCAGCGUCAGACAGCAGGCCAAGGAGGUUCUUCUGGAGAAAGGAGUGGAACUGGUUCUAGGUCAGAAGGUGUCCAACCUGUCAGAGCUGCAGCUCAAUGUGACCCAGAAAAACCAGGAAGUGAGGACAGAGAGAGGAGAGGUCCUGACGUCAGAUCUGAUAAUCUGCUGCACCGGCAUGAAGGUCAACUCUGCAGCCUACGCCUCCAGCUUCUCCGGCUGUCUGGCCGAUAACGGCGCCCUGAAGGUCAACGAUCACCUGCAAGUUGCAGGCUUCUCCAACGUCUUCGCUGUGGGAGACUGUGCUGACGUCAACGAGCCCAAGAUGGCAUACCACGCCGGGCUGCAUGCUGCUGUCGCCGUUACCAACAUCAUCCACAUUCUGAGUGGGAAGGAGCUGACCUCGUACCGCCCAGGUAACGUUACCAUGUUGCUGGCGAUGGGCCGUGACGACGGUGUGGGUCAGUUCAACGGGCUGAAGUUGCCUCGUUGCGUGGUCGCUUUGGGAAAGAGUCGAGAUCUUCUGCUGUGGAAGAGUUGGCGGGAGAUGCAACAGCAGCAACCCUGAGGCACACAUGCACACACCUGAGGACUCCUGUACUGAAUGCAUUCACUCACUUCAGUCGGGAAAGAUCUUUUUUUAUUUUUUAUACCCAGCUCGUUCUCUUUCUACAAUGUUUAAAUAUUAGCUAAUGAACUGAUAUCCGGUUUGUUAGUUGCUCAGAUAUUUCAUUUUUUUGUGCAGGAACUUUAGAUUUUAGUAUUAAAAAAUUGUUUGAUUUCAAUCAGGAACGCUUCUUUUGUUUGAGUUCUGUGAUCCGUGAUGCCGUCACCUACACUGUGACCGCCAUGUGAAGACUGUGACCGCCAUGGAUGUGGUCUAUGCCCUGAAGAGACAGGGACGCACCCUGUACGGCUUUGGAGGAUAAACACAGACUUCUGUUACCGACACUAAAAAGGUCCUUUUAAGGGC